UCAAAGUAAUGCAUACUCAUUCUUUUAACAUUGUUCCAUUGCCAUUUAUCAAUGUGUACUUGCGUAAAAAAAGAAAGGUAACACCUGUUUAUUACAGAUAAAAGCUGACUGUAUCAUUUCACUUCGCUUAAAGUGAUUUUCAGGUUUCCUUACUCAAGAUGUUUCUAUUCGGUCAAAUCCUCCUAACAGUUGUUGCAGCAUCACUUGCUGUUGACUGUCCUCCUAGAGAUAAAGUAUAUCCUUGCUCAUGUGAAAAUGAUGGUUUGCUGACUUCUGUAGAUUGUGAAGGCUUCAGCAGUCUCUCUAAGGUUGAACCUGUCGUUAAGAACACCUUAGGGCACAACGUAUCAUUCGCAUUCUGGCGGUCCAAUCUCGGUGACAUCCCCUCCGAAUUUUUCAAAGGACACCAGUCAGUAAACUUGCAUUUUGAAAAUUGCAAAAUUGGAUCAUUUGGCGACAAACCAUUCAGUGGGCUUGAGAACUCAUUGAGACAACUUUACAUUUAUGGAAGCGUUGAUAAAAGAAGGAAAGAUCUCAAGACUUUCCCACUCAGUCACCUGAAGCAUUUGAGGGACGUUUCUUUCCUGGGUAACGAUAUUGUCCAGUUGGGAAACGAUUGGUUUGAAGAUGGACCAGAAGCUCUGGAGCAGUUGGACUUGCAGGCAAAUGACAUUGAAAAGUUGGGAGACAAAGCUUUUACAACUCUGACCAAUCUUCAGCAGUUAUGGUUAGGUGACAACCGUGUCCGAACUGUGUCCAGAUCCAUGUUUCCAAACCCAGCUAAUAAGUUGUGGUUGAUAGAAAUAAGCUUCAACGGAAUUGAAGAGUUGCCCGCAGACUUUUUCGAAGGAUUUCCAGCUUUAAAAACAGUGAAUCUUGCAGGAAACAAACUGAAAACAAUUCCAGAAAGUAUUUGGGGAAAAGUAUGGAGUCAGCUAGAAGAAGUGUAUGUUGAAAGAAAUCAAGGAUUUGUUUGCGAUGAAAGUCUGAAAUGGAUCUACAGGCAAAAGUUACCUAAGAUACUUAGAGGAAAAUGUGGGUACGGCAAUAAUCUCUAUAACAGGGACUUAGAUACCUUAAAAUUGGAAGAUUUUCAAUAAAAUAGUAGAAACCUGA